UAUACUGGUGGUUUGCAUCAAAAUCUGAUUGCUUGUAUCAUCAAGAGUAGAUGACCAUGGAUUCUUUCUUCUUUGAUUACUCUGCUUGUAUCAAUGUAGAUGGAGGCUCAUAUGGUCCAUGCAUGAGCUUGAGUAGGGGCCAGAGUCCAGAGGGAGAUUCUCUCUCCCCCUCUGGGGACAGUGACUCAUUGGAUCCCGUUCUAAAGUACAUAAGUCAGAUUCUUAUGGAAGAGAACAUGGAGGACCAACCGUGGGGAUUUGCCGAUCAGAUUGCUUUGCAAAAUGCUGAAAAAUCUUUGUACGAUGCCCUUGGUCAGCAGCAAUUAGAACAGUCUGAUCAGAGCCCCUCACAGCUUGAUUUAAGCCAUUAUAUCAAGAGCCCAACUAGCAACCUUUUUGGAAGCAGCAGUGCUCACAGAAGCCAUGAUUCUACAAACCUUACUUUUAGCUCUAGCGACUCAGCCGAUGCCAAUAUUGGGCAUACAAUCGGAGAACGUAGCCAUGCUGUGCCAACAAAUUCUGACCAAGACUCCCAGUCGAAUGUGCGUUCCAUUUCGAAGUUCUUGGCCAAUUCUUCAAGCAGCAUCACCAAUUAUGACGACAGGUCCGAGGAAUCUUUGCAUGGGCUUGUUGUCAAGAGCAUUUUCAGCGAUGAAGAGUCUAUGAUUCAGUUCAAGAAAGGAUUAGAGGAGGCCAGCAAAUUCGUUCCUACCGGCAAUCAAUUAGCAAUUAAUCCAGAGGACAGCAAACUGUCAUCUGAAACAAACAAAGGAACUAGCGUCAUUGAGGAAAUCAACACGAAGAGCUCAUCUAAUGCAUUCAAGGGAUUAAAGAAUCGCAACAGGGAUGAGGAUGCUUUUGAGGAAGGCAGGGCUAAUAAGCAAACAGCCUUGUACACAGAAGACAGUGAGCUUUUGGAGUUGUUCGAUAAGGUGUUGCUCUUCACCGAAAAUGGUGGGGGAAUGUUUUCUGGCUACGAAUCUGCAGAGACAGGGCUGAGGAAAGACAUACGGCCACAAAGGAACAAGCGCCAUUCCAAUGGAGGUAGGGGUCGUGGUAAGAAGCAGGGAAGCAAGGAUACUGUUGACUUGAGAACUCUUCUCAUUCUCUGCGCACAAGCUAUCUCUACUAGUGAUUUCAGGACUGCUAAUGAACUGUUGAAGCAGAUUAGGGAGAACUCUUCUCCAUCUGGGGAUGCCUCUCAAAGAUUGGCCCAUUACUUUGCCAAUGGGCUAGAGGCGCGAUUGGUGGGCAGCAAAGUUCAAACGCAAGACAUGUAUUCUACUAUUGUUGCCAGGAUGACCUCAACAGCCGAUGUCUUGAAAACUUACCAACUUAGCUUUUCAACAUGCCCGUUUAUUCAAUUCCCCAUGUUAUUUGCAAAUUACAUGAUUUUCAAAUUUGCAGAGAAAGCCACUACCCUUCACAUAAUAGAUUUUGGAAUUGCAUUUGGUUUUCAAUGGCCCAUCCUCGUACAGAAGCUCUCUACUCGACCAGAAGGGCACCGUAAGUUGCGCAUCACAGGGAUAGAGCUUCCUCAGGCUGGUUUACGCCCAGCAGAGAGAAUAGAGGAGACAGGUCGCCGUUUGAAAAAGUAUUGUGAGCGUUUUGAUGUCCCUUUUGAAUUCACUUUCAUAGCAUCAAGGAAUUGGGAAUUCGUCAAACUCGCGGAUCUCAAGAUUCAAAGCGAUGAGACAGUUGCUGUGAAUUGUUUAGAUCGGUUUAAGAAUCUCAUUGAUGAGACGGUGGAGGACAACAAUCCCCGUGACGCUGUGUUAAAUCUAAUUCGGGAAAUUAAACCGCAUAUUUUCGCUCAUGCUGUACGCAGUGGUUCCUACGACGCGCCCUUUUUUGGGACAAGAUUCCGAGAGGCACUCUUUCAUUUUUCUGGAGGGUUUGAUUUGCUUGAUGCUACCAUUGAUCGUGACAACAAAGAGAGGUUGGUUUUUGAGAGGGAAUUCCAUGGGCGGGAAAUUAUGAAUGUCAUAGCAUGUGAAGGUUCGGAAAGGAUUGAGAGGCCAGAAACGUACAAGAAAUGGCAGGUUCGUCAUCUGAGGGCUGGGUUCAAGGCGCUUCCUCUGGACCAAGAUCUCAUGAAAUUAUUGAAAGUUAAGAUGAAAGAAUACCACAAGGAUUUUGUACUUGAUGAAGAUGGCAACUGGAUGCUGCAAUGUUGGAGAGGUCGGAUUUUUUAUGGCUCCUCCUGUUGGGUGCCUACUUAGGAUGUUCCAAAAAUAAUGUUUUCUGU